AUGUCGACAGUAAAGGACGAAUUGGUAUCCGUUAAGAGAGAGGACUCAGAAAUCGCCAGUGUUGGGAAUGCCGGUAACGGUGUGGUUCCACAGAACGGUACUGGUGCCAUAGAUACCUCUUCCGUCGUUGAUGGUGUAGCUGAGGAGCAAUCAGCCGUGGAAAACUCCAAUGGGAAUCAUGCGGCUGCUCCAGAGAGCGAAUCUAUGGGACAGGUUCUACCUGAACAGCCAGAUCUCAAGAUCAUACGCCGCCAGAUCUCCGGCUUUGUUGGGUUUGCCAAUCUGCCCAAACAAUGGCACAGAAAAUCCAUUCGUAGAGGGUUCAAUUUCAAUUUGAUGUGUGUUAGUCAAAGCGGGUUGGGUAAAACCACUUUGGUGAACACUUUGUUCAACAGAGAUCUUGAGGCUUCGAGCCAGGUGAUUACUAAUGCUGGGAAUGGUGAUAUGUCUGAAAAGAUGGAAGAAUUGAAGAUUGAGGGUGAAACUGAACCAGAAGCAAAGGUAGAGGAAGAGGAAAAUGUCACAUCAUCGGUGAAGAUCAAGACUUACUUUACGACAAUUGAAGAGAAUGGUGUUACGUUGAAGUUGUCUGUCGUUGAUACCCCAGGUUUUGGUGAUGCUAUCGAUAACACGGGCUCCUGGAAACCUAUUGUCGAUGAGAUCAACUACCGUUUUGACCAGUACUUGGAUGCUGAGAACAAGAUCAGUAGAUCCUUAGAAGAAGAUAACAGAAUCCAUGCCUGUCUGUAUUUUAUCGAACCUACUGCACAUUUCUUAAAACCUUUGGAUGUUGAGUUUUGUAAGAGAGUUCACCAAAAAUGUAACUUGAUUCCAAUAAUCGCUAAAUCAGAUAUACUAACAGAGGAAGAAAUCACACUAUUCAAGCAAAGGAUCAGAAGGCAAUUAGAUGAAGCCAAUAUCGAAUUUUUUCAACCACCAAACUAUGCAAUGGAUGAUGAGGACACCGUCAAGGCUUCCAAUGCAUUAUACGAAAAAAUGCCAUAUGCGGUGGUAGGCUCUAACCAAUUGGUAACAAACGUCGAAGGCAGAUCCGUUAGAGGUCGUUCGUACCCAUGGGGGAUAAUCGAAGUGGAUAACGCAAACCAUUGUGACCUCGUCAACCUCCGUGACUUGUUGAUAAGUCAAUACUUGGAAGAGUUACGCGAAAGAACUAGCAAUGUUCUUUAUGAAAACUAUAGAUCAGAGAAGUUGAGCAAAUUGGGGAUCAAACAGGAUAAUUCGGUCUUCAAAGAGUUCGAUCCUGAAUCCAGACAAAAGGAGGAGAAACAAUUACACGAGGCUAAACUGGCUAAAUUAGAAGCUGAGAUGAAGAGCGUGUUCCAUCAAAAGGUCUCUGAGAAGGAGAAGAAAUUACAAAAAUCAGAAGCUGAAUUAUUUGCAAGACAUAAAGAGAUGAAAGAAAAAUUGCAAAAACAACUAAAAACUUUGGAAGACAGAAAACACCAAUUAGAAGUUUCCCUCUCUAAUCAGGCAGCCCAAUCUCCUGCACAGCCAAAGAAGAAGGGAUUCUUACGCUAA